UGAAAACCCCACAAGUAUCUAUUUGUUUUUUGGUAUACACACACCCUCUUCCUCCAUUUAGUUUCUAGUUAGUUCACUUCAUCACAUCACAUUGAGUCAUGGGAGAUAAUGUUGUAGUGUCCUCCAAUAUGGAACUAGAAAGGUUGCUUAGCAUGAAAGGUGGCAAAGGAGAAGCUAGCUAUGCCAACAAUUCACAAGCACAGGCCAUACAUGCAAAGUCCAUGUUUCAUCUUCUAAAAGAAGCACUAGAUGGAAUUGAGGUUGAUGCACCAAAAAUUCCAUUUGUUGUAGUGGAUUUGGGAUGUUCAUGUGGAAGUAACACAAUAAAUGUUGUUGAUGUGAUAAUAAAACACAUAAUGAAACGUUAUGAAGCAUUAGGAUUGAAUCCACCUGAAUUCUCUGCUUUCUUCUCUGACCUUCCAAGUAAUGACUUUAAUACCCUUUUUCAACUCCUUCCUCCAUUGGCCAAUUAUGGUGUUAGUAUGGAAGAGUGUCUUGCUGCUGAUAACCACCGUUCUUACUUCGCCGCCGGUGUCCCCGGCUCUUUCUACCGGAGACUUUUUCCGGCUAGGUCCGUUGAUGUUUUUCACUCAGCAUUUUCUUUGCAUUGGUUGUCUCAGGUACCAGAAUCUGUAGAGGAAAAGAGAUCAAUUGCAUACAACAAAGGAAGGGUAUUUAUCCAUGGUGCAAGUGACAUAACUGCAAAUGCAUACAAGAAACAAUUCCAAACUGACUUGGCAGGGUUCCUUAGCUCAAGGUCAGUAGAGAUGAAAAGUAAAGGGUCAAUCAUGUUCUUGGUUUGUUUAGGCAGAACUUCUGUGGACCCCACAGACCAAGGUGGGGCUGGUCUCCUCUUUGGGACCCAUUUUCAGGAUGCUUGGGAUGAUCUUGUCCAAGAGGGCUUAAUUAGCAAUGAAAAAAGAGACAGUUUCAACAUUCCAGUGUAUGCACCAAGCCUACAAGACUUCAAGGAAGUUGUUGAAGCUGAUGGUUCAUUUUCAAUAAACAAACUUGAAGUUUUCAAAGGAGGAAGCCCUCUUGUUGUGAACCAACCAGAUGAUGCAAGUGAAGUAGGAAAGGCUUUAGCCAACAGUUGUAGAAGUGUGUCUGGUGUUCUUGUUGAUGCUCAUAUUGGUGAUAAGCUUAGUGAAGAACUUUUUCUUAGAGUGGAAAAAAGAGCCACAAAUCAUGGAAAAGAGUUGUUGGAGAAGCUUCAAUUCUUUCACAUUGUUGCAUCGCUUUCUUUAGUUCAAUGAGGUGAGCCAGAGAAAAAGAAGAACCUUUGAAAGAAAAGUGCUUUAUUGGUUCUCUUUUUUUUUGUUUCUUUCUUUUUCUUUUGUGUGUUAUUUUACACUUUUGGUGGAUAGAAAGAAGAAUUCGGUUUUCUUGUAGUUAGAAAAUCUCACGUUUAUGUAUUUGGUGUCUAUCUUUAAAAGGUCGAUUUUAAUUUAUAUAUAUAAUAUAAGUUAAAUUUUUUAUCUUGAA